GGUAACGUGUGCGUUCGACGAGGCCCAUCCGCCGGAAUCGACUUCCGAAGUAGUGUGUCCGGCGAAAAACGGAACCGGCCCGGCCGUGUUUCCCCGAACCGGACGUUCUUUACCGCGAAACACUUGAUACGGUUCUUUUUAUUUUUCUCGACGUGACGACUUGACCGUUUCGAGAACAAUAAAAAUAAGAGGACUCAUUGGAGGACGUUCACCGAAAACGUUGUCGGGGUAAAUCAUUAUUUUGUCAAACUCAAUGAUGUACGACAGCACUUGCUCGUAUCAAAGCGCGUUAGACCUGAAAAGGGUGGCAAUGUCAUCGCCUCCUAACAUUAAAACCGAAAACGACUGUUUAUCUAGUACCACGCCCCAGUGGCCCUCGGUUGGAGUAGCAAGUUGUGCUUACAGGUUCGCGUGCAACUCCACUUUUGAACAGCUCAAACAGUCGGUGGAAAAGGCCAAAGCCGCGCUACAAGACCGUGGAAGUUAUCUGUCGUCGUGCGAUCUAGGUUCGUCUCCUUUUUGUCCUGCCACGCCGACCACCCGAACGCCAGUAUCUUCGCACCCGACCACCACGUCUCUUGACUUGUUUCAAGACGAACCCAACAACACCGACAAACGCAACAACUAUAUUGAUUCAUCCAGCAGCAGAUAUGAUAAAAAUUCUAGUCUAAUGCACUUGUCUUCUUCUACUUCUAACGGUUUGUCUACUGUAGGGAAAUCGUCAUACCUACCGUCAUCGAUAUCAGACACGUUUCGAAGUUCUUCAAAAUCAGAUACACAUUAUAAAGGAUCAUGGAACACACAUUCCACUGGACAAACACAAGAUCCCUAUCAAAUGUUUGGCGCAACUAGCAGCCGAUUAGCCAGUUCUGGUUCCGGUCAAAUACAAUUGUGGCAAUUUCUGUUAGAACUUUUGUCUGACAGCAGUAACGCGGCGUGCAUUACAUGGGAAGGUACAAACGGCGAGUUUAAGCUAACCGACCCUGACGAAGUGGCUCGCCGAUGGGGCGAACGCAAAUCCAAACCCAACAUGAACUAUGACAAACUCAGCCGAGCAUUAAGGUAUUACUACGACAAGAACAUCAUGACCAAAGUACACGGAAAGAGAUACGCUUACAAAUUUGACUUCCAAGGACUUGCAGCAGCCACACAACCGGCGACGGCAGAUCCGAGUGCGUACAAAUACCAAUCGGACUUGUUCAUGACGACUUAUCAUCAUCACCAUCAUCAUUCGCCCAAGUUAAACUUCAUGUCACCUCACGCACCCGGUAUCACGUCUACCGCAGGUAGUAUAUUCCCAUCGGCGUCGUCAUACUGGAGCAAUCCCGGCGCCAACUUGUACUCGAACAUAGCGGCCGCCUCGGCUACACACUCGAUGGGCCACCAUCAUCCGGCAGCGAGCCCGGCGGUCAACCACCACGGCGGCGUGGCACCGCACCUGGGCAGCUACUCGCACUAUGCGUCACCAUGACAGACGGACGUCCACUGGGCAGCUCGGUCGCUGUCCGCCGGCACCGUCCGACCCUCGUACAAACACAUGGAAUGAGGAGGGUGCCAACGCCAACAAUAAAAUAUCCAUUAUUAUUAAUAAUAAUCAUAGUCUGUGCAUUAUAAUUAUUACUUUGUCAAAAGGAAUUCCAAUAAUAAUACCUAGUCCGGUCUACGCUUAGGGCAUACGGACAUUAGUGGUAGUCGUAGAUUUUGUCACAUUUUUACCCAUAAAGUCAUAUUAUUGUAAAAAAUGUGCCCACUGAUGGACGUUGAAGACCGUAAGACAAUCAAUUCUAGUCGAAAUCCUAAACGAAAAUUUAGCUACUUAGUUUUCACGUUAAUGUAUUAUUAGAUAUUUUUGUAAAUAAGUCAUACGAGUACAUACCUACCAUUGUUUAUUUUUUAAGUAUAACAAACAAUUAUAAAAUACGUUCUACGUCGAAAAGUAUACAUAUAUUUUGUUUUUUUUUUCUUAAACAUAUAAUGUAAGACUUCAACGUUACAAUGUCCAGUACAAAGUCAUUUACCAAUAACUAAUAUUAUAACACAUUAUUGUGGGGCUUUUAUCCGCUCAUUAUUAGGUACUCUACAUAGAACGAGGAUACUUGAAAUAAUAUAUAUUCACAUAAUACACUCGCCCUUGUUCUAAAUACUAUGCUAGUCAUUUUGUGAUUAAAAUAUGUUAUAAAUCCGAUCUCGAUCCUUAGUGUGAACUUUGCGUUUACACUUAUUUUGUUGUUAAAAAAAAACAAUAUUAUACAAAUAUCUACAACACUGAACACUGUUUGUAUAAUAAUUAUUUUCGUUAGAUACUUGUGACAAUCUAACGUAGCUAGAAUAAUAAUAAUAAUA